AUGCGGAGGAAAGGCCAGCUCUCUCCCAGCUCUACCCGCUCCCUCUCGCUUAAAGCCAAGAAGAACCUACUUCGGAUGCCUUCUCAUCCUGUCUUCGAUACUGGAGUCCAGCGUCUGUCUCCUCAAAUCCCCAAAUUCACCCCGACUUCCUCUCUGGGAUUUAUCAAUUUCAACAGACCGCCUUCUCAGCUCUCGAUCUACGACACCAAGCUCGACGAAGACUUUCUUGUCCCUGUUAAAGGUCUCGAUUCUCUGCCUACUCAUGACCUCUUUGCGAGUGGACUGGCUAUGGCGUCGACACCAUUCAAAACUCAAGGUCUUUUUGAACUCGAACAGUCUAGUCCGGGCGCUGGAGCUAGCAUCGUCGAAACGUAUUCUAUCCAACAGGGCGCCGAUAAAUUGAAAACUCUAACGGUCUCGUCUCCUGGUAGUCAUUCUCACCCUGAGGAACCGGUCGAAGAAACGGCAGCUAAAGAGCCCGAGAACCUCGAGGAUCUCACAGAGUCUAUGUCCCUGACGUCGGUCGAGGACGGCGAACAGUGUCACCACGAUCUGACCGAGCGGUCCUCUUGGAUUACCGACAGUCUCAUCUCGCCCCCAACGAUCUACCUCAAGGGACCUCGUGCUAGGCCUUCAUUCAGCUGCGGUAGCAUAUUUUCUGACUCGAGGAGUGGGACAAAUGGAACCGAUUCUGUUAAUCAGACCAGCAGCAAGGGUGAGUCCGGUCCCUUCGCCUCUGUUGGACAGCCUCCUAACAAAAUCCUAGAACUCUCCUCGACUCGGGAGGACAGGGAAGAAGUGUUGCCUGCAACGCCAGAAGCCGAGGGUAGCAAACCAUUGGCCGACAAUCCUCCCACCCGUGCUCCUGGAAGUAUCGCUCGCACCAGAAGAGGCACUGUGACCCAGGUUCCCUCUGCUCCUCCCAGCAUUCGCCGGCCUCGAAGUGGCACCAUCACUCAAGAUGCCCACCCUGUUCCAUCUGAAAUUCUUGACCCUGAAUCUGGAGGAGCUCGAAUCACUCGAGCUAGAAGCAACACGAUUAGACCAGCCGCGACUACGACCACCGCAACUGGCACACUUAUCGGUCUCCAAAAAGCCACUUCGCCUACCCUUGACGAUCUCGCUGUCUUCCCGACUUUCGCUCCUGAUCCUGAAGAGAACUCUCACGGUGCCGACGAGGCUUUAGGCUGUUCCGUUCACGUCGACGCAGAAUUCGACCCCGAGCCUGUCGAGGUCCUCGUCUUUGCUUCCGCGCCCAACCCAGAUGUCGAAGACGACAUCGACGACGAACCGACUCUCUCUGCUGUCCAGCAAGCGUCUCGAUCAUCUGAUGUGGACCCUCUGAACCUUGGAUACGAGCCUCAACCUCCUCUCGACAUCGCCCAAGACGAUUCUCCAGACGACGAGGCCGUCGGAACCUCAAAACCGACUUCAAAACGUCGCAACCUACGCUGGGCUCCGGGCAGUAUGACAACGCGUAAAGGCAAGGGAAAGCAACAACAACAAAAGCAGUCUGGCGCCAAACCGAAGUCUGCACCCAAAGGUCUGAAGAAAGCUCUGGGACUCUUGGCUAAACGAGACAACUCGGAUUCGUAUGAUCGCUCGCGCUCGCCUUCGACUGAUCCUAUCGACUUUUUGAGCCAUCUCGAUGACUCGGAGGACCAUGGUGAUGCUCGAGUUGCUCGUGCGAGGGACGACGAUGGGGAUGUCACUGGUGAGAAACAGGCAGAGAGGCCGCCGAAAAAGAAAUCAUUGUCGGUUCGAUGGGAGGAUGUGGUCGGUGCAAUGGGAUAG